AUGGAACCUUUUCGCCCUCUGCUUCAGAAGAACUCAUGCUACCUCUGGUUGCCAGAACAUGAGCAAGCAUUCAACGCAGCUAAACGUCGCUUCAGCUCACCACCUGUCCUAACCUACUUUGCUGUCAACCGUCCAACUUUGCUCGCCACUGAUGCAUCUCGUCUGCACGGUCUUGGUUUUGUCCUUCUACAAAUGGUUGACGGCGUAUGGAAGUCUGUUCAAGCGGGUUCCAGAUUCUUGACCCCCACCGAAAGCCACUAUGCUAUGAUAGAGCUGGAAGCUCUUGGUGCUUGCUGGGCCAUGAAGAAAUGUGAUAUGUUCCUUCGGGGCCUACCUCACUUCAAACUCGUCACCAAUCACCAACCCCUUAUUCCCAUCCUGAAUUCGAAAGGGAUUGCUGAUGUCGAGAAUCCUCGCCUGCAACGCCUCAUGAUGAAAAUGCUGCCUUAUACGUUUACUGCAGAAUGGAUUAGAGGCAAAGAUCACCUCGCUGCAGACGCACUCUCCCGUUUUCCCGUUGAUGAACCUUGUCUUGAAGAUGAACUAUGCGAGUUGCAUGCCGAAGCUGCUGUGAAUGUUCACUUUGUUGACAAGUCAACUACUGCCAGUCAGCUUCAGGAACCUUUCCACCACCAACAAGCCGAUGAUACACUCUUGAAAGUCAUCCAUUACGUACAAAUUGGGUGGCCUAAUUAA